GAAGAACCUCAGACUGUGCGGGACGGUGCCGGACCAUCGUAUUCCUCUUAUCCUGAGGAACCUCAGACUGUGAGGAACGGUGCUGUCCUUUCAACAGAUAAGAGUUUGGGGGAGAAGCCAUUUUCCUGUAAUGAGUGCGGAAAAUGUUUUUCACAGAAGUGGCAUCUUUCCGUACAUCAGAGAUCUCACAUGGGGGAGAAGCCAUUUUCCUGUAAUGAGUGCGGGAAAUGUUUUUCAGUGAGCUCCCAUCUUUACAGACAUCACAGAUUGCACACGGGGGAGAAGCCGUAUUCCUGUCCUGAGUGCGGAAAAUGUUUUUCAGAUAAAUCCAAUUUUUAUGCACAUCAGAGAUUGCACACGAGUGAUAAGCCGUAUUCCUGUCCUGAGUGCGGGAAAUGUUUUUCACAGACAUCCAGUCUUUACACACAUCAGAGAUCUCACACGAGGGAGAAGCCGUAUUGCUGUACUGAAUGUGGGAAAAGUUUUAUAUAUGAAUCAAGGCUUGUCAUACAUCGGAGAUCUCACACGGGUGAGAAGCCGUAUUCCUGUCCUGAGUGCGGGAGAUGUUUUUCACAGAAGUGCAGUCUUAACAGACAUCAGCGAUCACACACGGGGGAGAAGUUUUCCUGUGCCGAGUGCGGGAAAUGUUUUCAUUUUCUCUCCAAACUUAAUGUGCAUAAAAGAACCCACACGGGGGAGAAGCCGUAUUCUUGUCCUGAGUGCGGAAAAUGUUUUUCACAGAAGUCCAAUCUUUACACACAUCAGAGAUUGCACAUUGGUGAAAAGCCAUAUUGCUGUCCUGAGUGCGGGAAAUGUUUUGUACAAAAAUCAGACCUGGCCUCGCAUCAGAUGUCUCACACGGGGGAGAAGCCGUAUUGCUGUACUGAUUGUGGAAAAUGUUUUAUACAAAAUUCAGAUCUGGUCAGACAUCAGAGGUCCCACACAGGGGAAAAGCCAUAUGCCUGUCUUGAGUGUGGAAAAUGCUUUUCAGAUAAGUCCAACCUUUGCCAACAUCAGAGAUUGCACACGGGCGAAAAGCCUUAUUCCUGUCCUGAGUGCGGGAAAUGUUUUUCACAGCAGUCCAUUCUUUACAGACAUCAGAAAUCUCACACAGGAGAGAAGCCGUAUUCCUGCCCUGAGUGCGGGAAACAUUUUGUUCAAAAAUCUGAUCUUUUCGCACAUCAGAGGUCUCACACGGGUGAGAAGCCGUAUUCCUGUGCUGAGUGCGGGAAAUGUUUUGUACAAAAAUCUGAUCUUGUCAGACAUCAGAGGUCCCACACAGGGGAAAAGCCUUACUCCUGUCCUGAGUGCGGAAAAUGUUUUUCAGAUAAGUCCUAUCUUUCCCAGCAUCAGAGAUUGCACACGGGGGAGAAGCCGUAUUCUUGUGCUGAGUGUGGGAAAUGUUUCUCAUUGAAGUCCAAUCUUUACAGCCAUCAGAGAUUGCACACGGGGGAGAAGCCGUAUUCCUGUCCUGAGUGCGGGAAAUGUUUUUCAUUAAAGUCCACUCUUUCCAAACAUCAGAGAAUGCACACGGGGGAGAAGCCGUAUUCCUGUCCUGAGUGCGGGAAAUGUUUUUCAGUAAAGUGCAGUCUUUCUAAACAUCAGAGAUUGCACACAGGGGAGAAGCCGUAUUCCUGUCCUGAGUGCGGGAAAUGUUUUUCAGAAAAGGCCAAUCUUUACACACAUCAGAGAAUGCACACAGGGGAGAAGCCGUAUUCCUGUCCUGAGUGCGGCAAAUGUUUUUCAAUGAUGUCCAAUCUUUACACACAUCAGAGAUUGCACACGGGGGCGAAGCCAUAUUCCUGUCCUGAGUGUGGGAAAUGUUUUUCCGUAAAGUCCAGGCUUUUCGCACAUCAGAAAACGCACACUGGGGAGAAGCCAUUUUCCUGUCCUGAGUGUGGGAAAUGUUUUUCCGUAAAGUCCACUCUUUUCACACAUCAGAGAUUGCACACCGGGGAGAAGCCAUAUUCCUGUCCUGAGUGUGGGAAAUGUUUUUCCGUAAAGUCCAGGCUUUUCACACAUCAGAGAUCGCACACCGGGGAGAAGCCAUAUUCCUGUCCUGAGUGUGGGAAAUGUUUUCAAACUAAGUCCAGUCUUAACAUACAUUUGACAUCUCACACGAAGGUAGAGCCACGUUCCUCUUCUGAUUGGAGGAAGUGUAACCCACAGAAGUCCUCUGUUUACAGUCAUCUGAGAUUGGACACGGAGGAGAAUGAACUUUCCUGGUCUGAGUGAGGGAAUUGUUCCUCACUGAAGUCCCGUCUUCCUGUACAUCAGGGGUCCCACACAACCCUCGAGGUGU